GGGGAGGGGGAUUUGAAGAAACGCGGCUCGACGGGGAAACGACCGCGAUUAAAAUUCACCGCGACUCCCGGUGAGUGCGUUCCCACCGCAGCGGCUCGUGUUUUACCGGCGGCGGGGACGGCGUUUGGCGGGGUAACGGUCGCACGGGCGCGGCGCUAGUUGUCGCCGGGGCGGAGGACUACUCGGACGCGGGGGCCGGGACUCAGUGCGAGCGGAGCUGAAUGGAGGCAGCCUCUUCCUGGUGGAUAAACAGUGACAGCUACAGGGCAGCCACCUAGACCCAGCACACAGGCUCUGGCGCUGCCCUGGCAAACAACAACCAAAAUGGCUUCAGACAGUACACACAUCGCGCAGUUGACUUCUGAACUGUACUUCCUAAUAGCCCGAUUUCUAGAAGCUGGACCGUGUCAGAAAGCAGCCGAGACCCUGAUAAGGGAGGUGGAGGAGAAGGAGCUGCUGCCCAAAAGGCUGGACUGGACGGGGCAGGAACACCCCGGGACGUACGAAAAUUUGGUGAAGCUCUACAGGCACAUCACUCCAGACCACCUGCUGCAGGUCUGCUCCAGAGUUUGCCCGCUGCUGGAGGGGGAGGUCCCAGCCAGCGUGCCUGGACUCACCAGCCUGCUGGGGGCCGGCAGGCAGAAUCUCCUCCGCACCAGCAAGAGCUGCAAGCAUGUUGUGUGGAAGGGUUCGGCGCUGGCCGCGCUACAUUGUGGACGACCACCGGAGCCGCCUAUUAUCUACGGGAGCCCACCGAAUAUUGUGGAGACGAGCUACGGCCGUCGACUGAACGGCUCCUACCGCCUCCGGCAGCUGGUUCCCACGGCCGUGUACCAGCACAUGAAGAUGCACAAGAGGAUCCUGGGACACCUGUCGUCCGUGUACUGCGUGACCUUCGACCGGACGGGGCGACGCAUCUUCACGGGCUCAGAUGACUGCCUCGUGAAGAUCUGGGGAACAGAUGACGGGCGUCUGCUGGCGACUCUGCGCGGCCAUGCUGCUGAGAUUUCAGACAUGGCCGUCAGCUACGAGAACACCAUGAUCGCUGCCGGCUCCUGUGACAAGACCAUCAGAGUGUGGUGCUUGCAAACCUGCGCCCCUUUGGCUGUGCUCGAGGGACACGCAGCCUCCAUCACCUCACUUCAGUUUUCUCCUCUCUGUUGUGGCUCCAAGCGCUACCUGUCCUCCACCGGAGCUGAUGGCACCAUCUGCUUCUGGCAGUGGGAUGCACGGACGCUCAAGUUUGGUCAGAGGCCCAGUAAAUUCACAGAGCGCUCCAGACCUGGCGUCCAGAUGAUCUGCUCCUCCUUCAGCGCAGGUGGUAUGUUCCUCGCCACAGGAAGCACGGACCAUAUCAUCAGGGUGUACUACUUUGGAUCGGGCCAACCAGAGAAGAUUUCUGAACUUGAGUCCCAUACAGACAAAGUUGACAGCAUCCAAUUCUCACAUUGCAGUGACAGGUUCGUGAGCGGCAGCAGGGAUGGUACAGCUCGAAUCUGGCAGCUGCAGCCUCAGGGCUGGAGGAGCAUUCUGCUGGACAUGCAGACCAAAUUACCAGGGAAGUAUAACCCUCCUCCGCUGGAAGACAAGGUGACCAAGCUGAAGGUUACCAUGGUAGCGUGGGAUCGCCAUGACAGCACGGUGAUCACAGCGGCCAACAAUCUGACGCUGAAGGUGUGGAACUCCAUCACCGGAAAUCUGGUCCACGUCCUGAUGGGUCAUGAGGAUGAGGUGUUUGUUCUGGAGCCACAUCCCUUUGAUCCAAGAAUCCUUUUCUCGGCGGGGCAUGAUGGGAAUUGUAUCGUGUGGGACUUGGCCAGAGGAGUCAAGAUCCGCUCCUAUUUCAACAUGAUUGAGGGCCAAGGGCAUGGAGCAUUGUUUGACUGCAAAUGUAGUCCAGAUGGGCAGCACUUUGCGGCCACCGAUUCCCAUGGUCACCUGCUCAUCUUUGGCUUCGGCUCAAGCAGCAAGUACGACAAGAUAGCGGACCAGAUGUUCUUCCACACCGACUACCGGCCACUUAUCCGCGAUGCCAACAAUUACGUUCUGGAUGAGCAGACUCAGCAGGCUCCGCACCUAAUGCCGCCUCCCUUCCUGGUGGACGUGGACGGGAACCCUCACCCACCUCGAUACCAGCGACUGGUGCCCGGCAGGGAGGGCUGCCGGGAUGAGCAACUGAUUCCUCAGAUGGGGGUCACUUCUUCAGGCCUGAACCAAGUGGUGAGCGAGCAGGCGGUGGACGGUCCCAGUCCUCUGGACACGAUGAUCCAGAGGCUGCAGCAGGAACAGGACCAAAGACUGGGAACGAAUGAUAUCUCCGUGAAUGCAGCAAACACCAGGUCCAGCAGAGGAUCGGUGGGUUCGCCCACGGAGGUACACUCCCCGCCCAACGUGGGUCUCCGGCGCAGCGGGCAGAUCGAAGGUGUUCGCCAGAUGCACAGCAACGCCCCUCGAAGCCAGAUGGCCACAGAGGGAGACCUGGUGGCCUGGAGCCGCAGGGUGCUGGUCCCCGAGCUGGAGGACGCCUCCGUCAGGAGGCAGGUGAACUGGCGUGAGGCUAAAGGGGAGGAGGAGAUCAAUAUUUAUCAGUCAGAAAGGAGGAGACGCACAAUCCACUCUCUCCCCAAGGAGAGCAGGGUUCACCCGACAUCGGAGUGCGUCGUGGACGAGGGGAGGAGGAGCCAGGGUAACCAUGGCUACCAAACCCGUGCCGCCAUGGAGGAGACAAGCCGCCAGAGCGCCGAGGCUGCUGAUGACGACGAGAGCACCUCAGAGGCAGAGGUGGAGGUACGACAAAUUAAUGGGCACUCCUCAGAGGAGGAGAAGGAAGAGGAAGAAAAGGAGCCCUGGCCAGAUGACCACAGUAGUUCAAGUGACUACUCCAGCGAUUACUCCGACUGGACAGCAGACGCAGGGAUCAACCUUGAGCCGCCCAAAAAGAGCGUCAAAGUGAAAAAGAAAAGCAGCGGCUCCGAGGAGGACGGCGAGAAGAAGAGGGAGGGGAAGAAAGAAAGGAAGAAAGACAAACCAGACAAAGACGGUGCAUUACCAAAGAAGAAGAAGCCAAAGGAGAAGAGGAAGAGGACGGAGUUUCAGGAGCAAGGGCUAACUCUGGAGGAAUGGCUUCCCUCUGCGUGGAUCACGGACACGGUCCCCCGGAGAUGUCCUUACAUACCCCAGAUGGGAGACGAGGUUUACUACUUCAGGCAGGGCCACGAAGCUUACGUGGAGAUGGCCAAACAAAAAAAGAUUUACAGCAUCAAUCCUAAGAAGCAGCCCUGGCACAAGAUGGAGCUACGGGAGCAGGAGUUGAUGAAGAUAGUUGGCAUCAAGUAUGAAGUCGGUUUGCCCACGCUGUGCUGUCUGAAGCUUUCUUUUUUGGACCCCGACACUGGCAAACUGACCGGAGGAUCCUUUUCCAUGAAGUACCACGACAUGCCUGAUGUAAUCGACUUCCUGGUGUUGCGGCAGCAGUUUGACAAUGCCAGAAAGAGGCAGUGGACCAUAGGGGACAGGUUUCGGUCUGUGAUUGAUGAUGCCUGGUGGUUUGGGACCAUCGAGAGCCAAGAACCCUACCAGUCUCAAUAUCAAGACAGCUUGUUCCAGUGCUACAACGUCUGCUGGGAUAAUGGAGACACCGAGAAGAUGAGUCCGUGGGAUAUGGAGCCCAUUCCCGAUGACGCCACGUUCCCCGAGGAGUUGGGCAUGAGCGUCCCGCUGGUAGAAGCGGAGCAGAAAGAGCUGCUGUACGUACCCCUGGAUGGAGAAUGGGGCUGCCGCACACGUGCAGAGGAGUGCGAACGCAUCAUCAAAGCCAUCGACCAGCUCUGCACGCUCGAUGUGGCAGCACCGUUCGCCUUCCCGGUGGACCUCCAAGCUUACCCCACAUACUGCACAGUGGUGGCCUACGUCACCGACCUCAGCACGAUACGCCAAAGGCUGGUGAACCGCUUCUACAGACGGCUUUCCUCUCUGAUGUGGGAGGUCCGUUACAUAGAACACAACGCCCAGACGUUCAACGAGCCCGGUUCGUUCAUCGUCACCACCGCCAAGUUCGUCUCUGACCUCAUGCUGCAGUUCAUCAAGGACCAAAGUCUGACAGACCUCAUGCCUCUCUACAAAACCAUGAAGAAAGCAACGUUCUCUGACUCUGAAGAUGAGGAUGAUGAGGAAGACGAUGAAGAUACGAAUACUCCGGGAACAUCCACGCGAAACCACAAGGGCCGUCGACCCAAGCAGCGCACACUGCGAACACGGCCUCCUUCGUACGACCCUCACGCGUGGAGAGGACGCUGUAAAGAGUUGCUGGAUCUCAUCUUUCAGUGCGAAGACUCUGAGCCCUUCAGAGAACCUGUGGACCUACAAGAAUACCCGGACUACCUGCAAAUAGUUGACUCACCGAUGGACUUUGGCACUGUUCUCAACACGCUGACGGAAGGAAAGUAUCAGUCUCCCAUCGAGCUCUGCAAAGACGUCCGGCUCAUUUUUAGCAAUUCCAAAGCUUACACUCCCAGCAAGAAGUCUCGGAUAUACAGUAUGAGUCUGAGGCUUUCUGCACUGUUUGAGGAGCACGUCAGCUCCAUCCUGGCCGACUACAAAGCCAUCCACGGCCUGACAGAUAAACUGACCAAACAGGGCUCGGACAGACAGACGCGACACACUACAGACAGACAGACACGGCACGCGAUGAAGAGGAGGAGGAGGAGGAGCGAGUCUCCAGCCAGCAGCACUGCAUCCAGUCCAGAGAGGAAGAGACGAGUAUCAUCCAGGGUGACUGGAAAGAAGGAGCCCUCACCGCCUCCAGCACGACCGCCCUCUUUACGACAGAGCAUCCCCCUGAAACAGCCGCCUCAGCUGGUCAACGGCAAAGCGGACGCACCGACUCCGGGGCGAACACGCAGCGGCGCGCGCCAUUCAACGCACUCUCCUCCCUCCUCAUCGUCCUCGCAUAGCGUCACCAACAACACACCGAGCACAGCAGAGUCCACUCGCUCGUUGCGGACUCAUAACUCCGUGUCGGCCGCGGCGCCACCAGCUCCUGAGAAGGUGACGCCGUCCCAGCCCACAGAGUUUAGCGGUGGAAGCACUCGUCGGAAACUCAGGACGCCUGUGCGACACACACCCGGCUCUCCUGUCAUUCCUUCAUCUCAGAGCACAGUCCACCUGAACGGCCACAGCAGUCACGUAACGCUGGGCGUCGGGCGACGGGGGCGCAAGUCCAGGACGGAGCCACCGGUGAGUCCUCCGGAAGUCACCACUCCAGCGAGCCCCUCCAGACCCAGAGGUCGACCGCCCGGCAAGAAGAGAGGCAGGAAGAGCAAGCAGGAGCUGGAGGAGAUGAGGAGGAGCGGCAACCGCAGGAGCUCCACACCUGACGACGACCUCGACCAAUCCACGGGCGACGAAGGCGGCACGUCUUCCGCGCAGGAAACCUCUGUGCUGUCAGACUCUGGCACAGCGCCGAGACGGCGAGGCCGGCCCCGGUUGGUAAGGACUGAGGAACCCCCACCUGCCGAGUCACCGGAGCCGUCGCCGCUGAGGAGGAGCAGCAGGAGAGCCAACGAGGAGGUGACACCUCCUCAGGCUGCUUCUCAGCGACCGGCUCGGAAGGAGUCUCCGAAGGAGGAAGACGGGGCAGGAGGGUCCAUGCGCACACGUAACCAGGGGCGACGGUCGGCCUGGUACAUGGAGGAGGACUCUGAGGAGGAGCAGAGGCAGCUGCUGUUCGAGGACUCAUCAAUAACCUUUGGCACCUCCUCAAAGGGUCGCGUCCGCAAACUGACAGAAAAGGCCAAAGCCAACCUCAUCGGCUGGUAACAGAGCGGACACACGGGCUGGCUGCUCCCAGGGACGAGAAAUCCGCCGGAGAUUUCUGAGCUUAGGCGCCGGAGGAGUCGCGGGGAGCUGAGGAGGUCCUGCAUGUAUGCAUCUGCGUGUGUUGGUGAUGCCGGUGUGGCUGCUGCUAUCUGAAGCUGUGGCUACGGAGGGAAACCUGUGCUGUCACCUUCCUCUCUGCCCAGUAAGCACAUCAGCACCGACGGCCCCCUUGUUCUAACGCCUCCUACGUUAUUGAUCCAUGUUGGAUCCCACAGGAGCGCGCGGAGUCUUACGCUGGCGGUGUUGGGACUCACUCCUGUCCAGCGAACCACUCUUAACCUCCGUCUGACCUUAAACACAGCUGGGCAAAGACUUUUAGUACUUGAAAAAAAAAAAACAACAACGUGAGGAGACCGGAUGUAUCUUUAUCUCGCUAUUUUUGACGACUUUUCGAGUGUCGCCCACGGAGCUGAACCUGUCGGGUCGGUGACGGACUACAGACCGCUUGCCGGCCUGACAAACGUCCUAUAACCCCCCCCCUCACUUCUUCUUCAUUGUCCCUGCUCUUUUUUUAUACAACCCGCUCUCUGCUUUUUCUAAGAUUUGUACGUGAUGAUCGGCUCUCUGUUUUUUGGAAGUCUUACACAUCGGCUGACCUGAGCGUGUCUGUCUGCGCUAAAAUACCAAAUGGCGUACCUUUGUAGGUACUGUAGAUCUGUAGGUUUUGUUUACUAUUGAUGUGUGUGGGUGUUUUUUUUUUUUUCUUUUCUUUUCUUUUUUUUUUUUGCAUGUCAGUUAGAUUUUUUUUUUUUUCUUCCUGAAGCUGUUUUUACUGUGAGGAGGAGAAACAGGAUGCAUGGGUGAAAGGGGUCAUUUAUGUCGAUGUAGAUCAUGUUUUAAUGCGUCCUCAACAUUAGCAAUACCUUGUGCCUUUAUGUCUUCAGUGUGUGUGUGCGCGCGUGCAUGUGUGUGUGGCCUCUGCCCUGCAAAGUACAUGUGCCUGUCGGUGUGUGUGUGAGUAAUUGAAGGUGUGCGUGUGUUUUUUUAUAACACAACUGAGCGUGUCAUUCACUUUCGGCGUACAAACAGUGGCAUACAGUUUGAUCGUUGUGAAACCUCUCAAAGAAAUGUAUUUAUAGCAGUGGAAAAAAAAAAGAAUUUACUGUCGUUGUAAACAUACCAUUAUCCAUGUCGAUAUAUUAUCCUAUAACCAACCUAUCGUCAGUUUAUACCUAAGGUACGGGGGAGAGAGCGGAGCUUUGGGGCGACUAGCUUUCGAGAUGCACUUACCACAGAACCGGUUAUCAAUGCAGUCUUAGGGAGUAACCAUGUGUAUUUUAAAACUGUUAACAUAUAAAAAUGAACUUUUAAAAUGUUUCUAUGGCGACUGCACACACACACACACACACACACACUCACACAUACACACAGUUCUGUCUCGCAUGUUCUAGCACUUUCUCAUGCCUGAAGCCAACAGGACGGAUCAGACCGAAUUUGAAAGCAAACAAACCAGAGAGCGAAACAAGUCAUAUAUUCAUCAUUCUGAUUGUGUGCCUUUGCUACUCUGGCAUAUUGAUAUCCACGGUUUUUUCUCCUUCUUGGGGCCUUGUUUGUUUUUGUUUGUUUGGGAUUUUUUUUUUUUUGUGCCGGGACUUCAGGGACUGGACUGGACCUGACAGGCUUGUACGAGAAUAGACUUGACAGGAGGAGACAAACAUAUUAUGUCACUCUUUGUACACACAACACAAAAUGGACUGAGUUUCUAAAGAUUCGCAGUUUUUUCGACUUUUUUUGUUUCCUGUUUUCGCCCUCCAGCACAGAGCCAAAAUCUUGCACCUUGCGUUGUGGGGUCGACUGGGGAGAACUGGACGGUAGCAUCUAUAUACACCUUCCAUCAGACACAUAUUACUAAACAUAUAUCCCAUCUGUGCAUCAUUGUUUUUUGUUUUUUUUGUCUUUCUUGUUGUUAUGUCAAUGCCAAAUUCUGUCUUUGGGCACUGAAGUUUUAGACCAUGGCUUUUUGAAUGUGUUAAUUUUCUAAAGAGGUUUUAUUGUCUCCAUA